AUGACCACCCGGAAGAAGUUCUUCUUGCCUCUCAUCACUUCUCCUCUUGAACGAGACUAUUCCGAGAAAAUUACCACUUUGUUACGCACAAUGGAAGCACCACUCUCCUCCCCUCGCCUACCUUCGCAGGCACAACAUCAAAACUCCUGCUUCUCUUCCUCAGACUCGUCAGCCCGCUCCAGCGAGCCAACCCCUGCUCCCCAAAACCAGCAGCAAAUACCACAGCCUCCACCGGCUCAGCAACGUUCAAUCGAUGAGACGUCUCCAUUCUUGAGGGACCUCAAUCUGGUGGCUGAGGCUGCGAAGAGAGCGCAAAUGGCGUGUCUGAUGCGGGAUUUGGAAGGUGUGGCGAUUUAA